AUGGCCUCACAACCAUUUGAUGUGAAAAUGACCGAUCCAGUUAAAUCCAAACCAGUUUUCCCAACACCUUCACAGACUGAUCCAGUUAGUUCCAAACCAGUUUUCCCAACAUCCUCACAGGCCAAUCCAGAUCGUUCCAAACCAGUUUUCCCAACAUCCUCACAGCCUCUCCCUUACCACGCUAUCAUCUGGGGGGGCUUUGUCCCAUCCAAAUUAAUAAAAGUCUCAGGCACUGUGUCCCCUUGUGCUCACAGGUUCCACAUCAAUCUGAAAACAGGGCUCGAUAUUGCUUUCCACCUCAACCCACGGUUUGAUCAGAACGCGAUUGUUCGAAACUCUUACCUCAACCUGUGCUGGGGCCCAGAGGAGCGACACCUGCCCUGUGGAAUGCCUCUGAGGCGUGGCCAACCCUUUACCAUCUGUAUUCAGUGUGAAGCACACUGCUUCAAGGUAACUGUGAACGGAUGUCAUCAGUUUGACUACAACCAUCGCAUAUGUAACCUGUUUUUCAUAAAUGUGCUCGAAGUGGACGGUGACAUAACAUUGACCGACAUCCAGAUUUAAAGCCGCCAAUAGAAGUCCAUUUUUGGAUAGAUGCAGUGGUGGGAUAUUUUCUUAAUUUGUCUCUUUAGCUUGGCAUUUUGUAGCCCAAGUUUGCCCACCCAUUUUCUGGAGAGCUUAAAUGACCUCUCUGCUAGAGGGU